AUAAUUUGGUAUGGUUUUGGGCCUUGUAAACCGGAUGAAAUAAAAGCGUCGGGAAAAGACUUUAUAUUCGUCGCUUUCCCUCUCAUCCCUUUUCUCAGUCUCUCUCUAAAAAGAGAAGAGGAACAAAGCAAAGCCCUCGCUCGCGAGCAUCAUCGCAGCAGACAGCAGUACUCAUCUAUUUUUUUCUCGCUUUCUCAGUCUUAACAGAAGCGAAAGCGUCGUCUUCCUCUUCUCCGGCGACGUUUUAAAACUUCCGGGAGCAGUGUUUUUUUUGAAGCUAAGAGCGGGAUUGUCAGUUGCAUAUAGUUGCGAGUUCAGAGAUGGGGAAUGCGUGUUGUGUUGCUGCUCGUGACAAAAUGGUCCUCGUCGUGCCUCCUAACUCAUCAGCUGCUGAGACUGAGAGGAGGAGGCAUUCUCCUCCUUGGAGUUUCCGCUGGGAUAAUAAUAAUAAUAAUAAUAAUAAUAGAGGAGGAGGAGGAGGACGUGUUGCUGGUGAAGACUCCUCUCUUAGCUGGUUAUCCGAUGAUCGAUCAUUUCCAAGAUGCUCUUCCAUGAAUACAGUCUUCGAGCAGAAAGAAAAUGUUUCAACAGAAGCUGCACCACCUUCAUAUCCACCUCCUCCACGAUUGUCUCUUUCACUGGCUUCCCAACCGUCUUCUUUCCCACCUUCACCACUUCCUUCCCACCCUGCAAGUUCAUCCACACUUCAGCUGACACAGUGCCCUCGUCUAUCAAAGCAACUCUCAGAUGGUCAUAUCUAUGGAAUUAACUCACUAAGCAGAAGCUCACCAACUGAAGAGAGGCUGGGAACUCCUUUCAGAUAUGAUUCUUCUCAGAGUCGACCAUCGGAAGGUUGGUCACGGCAAGCCUUUUCUGAAAUGAUGUCAUCUUCUCGCUGCAACGAGCCUUUGUCUUAUGAUAAUGGCUGCUUUGGCCUUGAACGUGACAAGAUUGACCAUCAUAGCAACCGAAUGUCCAAUCAUCAGAAGCAAACCUGUGGUGCAUGCGCUAGACCCUUGUCAGAGAAAUCCUUGUGGAGCAGCCAAAAUAUCUUUAUGACCAAUGAGCUCUCUGUGUCUGCAAUUCUAGCUUGUGGGCAUGUCUAUCAUGGUGAGUGUUUAGAGCAGAUGACGCCAGAAAUCGAUAAGUUCGACCCAUCAUGCCCAAUCUGUACAUUGGGGGAGAAGCAAACAGCGAUGCUGUCAGAGAAAGCAUUGAAAGUGGAGAUGAAUUUGAAAGCUAAAAGACUCAGAAACAGAGUUUUGGACAGUGAUUUUGAGUGCGACGAUUUUGUAAUGUUUGAUCAGAGCCACAUGGCUUCAGCAGCCGAGAGCCCUAAACUGGUAUCGAGUUCGAGCGUCAAGAGCUAUUCCGCAAAGCCUUUCUUGGCUCGACAUUUCUCUUUUGGGUCCAGAGGUAACAGUAAAUCCACUAAAGAUGAUCUUCCUGUCAGAAAGAAAGGCUUCUUCUGGACCAAAUCCAGCAAAAUAUGAACUUAUUUUGCGUUGCUCUGUGAAGCGUAGAACUCAGACACACACACGGACACGGUACCAUUCAUUUAAGACAGGCUAUUUGUAGUUGCACAUUGUCCUCAUUGUUUUUUUUUUUUUAAAUUGGUUACUUAAUUUUCACACUUGUAAAGUUACAAAUUUAGAAUACAGGAUUGGGGUUGAAAACAACAUUGAAUCACUAGUCUAUAAAUUAUUCUGGAUGUGCAUAGA